GCCCCUUACUACAUGCAGUGCCUUCGAUCCCUCUCCCGCGCCUCACUGGUCGUCUUGGCCGAGCUCACCGAGCAGGCCGAACGGUACGACGACAUGGUGCACAUCAUGCGCACGCUCGUGACGACGCACCCGCUCCCGCUUUCGACACCCGAGAUCAACCUCCUGACAACCGCAUACAAGCAUGUCAUCGACCGUAUCCGGAUCGCCGUCCGCGUCGUGCAUGCUAUUGACCUCCAAUCGAGUCCGAAACACACUCUUGGGGAGUGCACAAAGCUGUACGAACGUGAGCUGGAACUCGAGUACCAGCGCGUUUGCCUCGAGAUGCUCUCGCUGCUCGAAAAGUACCUUCUUCCGAGCGCGCAGUCGAGCGACUGCGACACCGUGUGCUUUCUCAAGACGCAAGGCGAUUACCACCGGUACCUUGCCGAGCUCCGCGGUGGCAGCAGCGACCUCCAGCACAUCGAUCGUGGCCGGUCGUCGUACUCGAAAGCCUAUGCGCUCGCCAAGACGUGCAUGACGACAACCCACGCGUUUCGGCUCGGCCUCGCGCUCAACUACUCGGUGUUUGUAUACGAAGUGCUCCAAGAGCCUCAGGUUGCAUAUGACCUCGCCAAAGACGCUCUGGACGGCGCGCAUAUGGAUUUUGAUGAGACGAGCCCCGACGCGUCGUCCGACCACGUAAGGGAAACGACGCUAACGCUGCAGUUGCUGCAGAGCAACCUUCAACUUUGGAUCGCCAACGGCAAUGUCACGCCCUGAGUCCACACGCCUGGACAUUCUUGAUGUAACUGUAGAUAAAAAGGCUGUACUUAAUCUUGUACAAGGACCUUUUGUGUGUCCA